GUUUCAAUCAAGUCUGCAUGCAGACGGCCAUGUUCGGCCUGACCCACGCCGUGCAGCGUCUCAUCAGUGUGGACAGACGUCCGAAACUCGCAUAGUCCGAAGCGCCGCUUUGCAUUGUCCUUCCGCGUGAUUCACAGGUCUCUCUGCAUGCCCAUCAGCUGCAUGACUCGCUUUGACCGAGCUCGUCGGGUGCCACGUACGCGCAACGGGUUUAGACUUCUAUGUAGCGGUACAAUCCAGGAUCAGGCGAGACGCCUGUGUGGCGACAAAGCAAAGCUCCGCGCGCGCUUGGCGCAGGGCGCUGCUUACCGCGCGCUUGUCAUCAUCCAUUACGAUUUACGACCAACGCGUCUUGCCGGUUCCAUCGGCCGGCGGAGCUUGCUCGGCGCGCUCAUGAUGUGUGCCUGUACGCGCUACGUCCGGAUCCUCGGAAAAGAAUCUCCUUCGGAGUCACGAGUCAUCAUGCCAGCAUGGGGUCAUCCUCUCAUAUUGCAUGGCUCGGCCCUUACUUCAUCAUCCACACUCACAGCACUGACUCCAUCGAUGACUCGAAGACACCAGCAUCACUCUGACUCAUAUAUAAGGCAUCGACCUGAUCUCAGCACGUAGACGAUCCCACAAUCACAUUGCUUUGCACAACGCACGACUGCGCCCACCGCAACAGCCGGAUACAGUACAAUUGCUCAUCAUUUGGCGAGCAGCUCUGCAAUCACUCCGCACUUCGCGCGCAAGCACUCUGCGCAAACAUAGAGUCAAGCUACUCAACGCUCACACUCUCAACUGAACGCACAAUGUCGC